GGGCUGACUUUGGUACCCUGCCCUCUCUCCCGCGCUCGGGAGAGUCACUGUCAGGACCUCGGUGAACCGGUGCUUAGCGGGACAGGAGACCAAGGAGGGGACAGAGCGAUCGCGAAGCAGGGCGCCCGAGCUAGGGGCGCCGCGCCAUGCGCCGGGCCAGCCGAGACUACAGCAAGUACCUGCGCGGCUCGGAGGAGAUGGGCGGCGGCCCUGGCGCCCCGCACGAGGGUCCGCUGCACCCCGCGCCUGCAGCGCCCGCCGCGCCGCCGCCCCCCGCGGCCUCCCGCUCAAUGUUCCUGGCCCUCCUGGGGCUGGGGCUGGGCCAGGUGGUCUGCAGUGUCGCUCUGUUCCUCUACUUCCGAGCGCAGAUGGAUCCGAACAGAAUAUCAGAAGACAGCACUCGCUGCAUUUAUAGAAUUCUGAGACUCCGUGAGAACCCAGGCUUACAGGACUCGACUCUGGAGAGUGAGGACACAGACGCACUACCUGACUCAUGCAGGAGGAUGAAACAGGCCUUUCACGGGGCCGUGCAGAAGGAAUUACAACAUAUUGUCGGGCCACAGCGCUUCACGGGAGUUCCAGCCACGAUGGAAGGUUCAUGGUCUGAUCUGGUCCAGCAGGGCAAGUCUGAGACUCAGCCUUUUGCUCAUCUCACUAUUAAUGCUGCCAACAUCCCAUCGGGUUCCCAUAAAGUCACUUUGUCCUCUUGGUACCAUGAUCGAGGCUGGGCCAAAAUCUCCAACAUGACUUUAAGCAACGGAAAACUAAGGGUUAACCAAGAUGGCUUCUACUACCUGUAUGCCAACAUUUGCUUUCGGCACCAUGAGACGUCGGGAGACCUAGCCACAGAGUAUCUUCAGCUGAUGGUGUACGUUGUUAAAACCAGCAUCAAAAUCCCAAGUUCUCAUAACCUAAUGAAAGGAGGAAGCACCAAAUACUGGUCGGGGAAUUCUGAAUUCCACUUUUACUCCAUAAAUGUCGGAGGGUUUUUUAAGCUCCGAGCUGGUGAAGAAAUCAGCGUUCAGGUGUCUAACCCCUCCCUGCUGGAUCCAGAUCAAGAUGCGACCUACUUCGGGGCUUUCAAAGUUCAAGACAUAGACUGAAACUCGUUUUGUGGAGCAUUAGCAUGCAUAUCCUAGAUGUCUGGAAGCAUUUCCAUUAAAAAAAUGGAAGAUGUAUAUAGGUGUGUAAGACUACUAAGAGGCAUGGCCCACAUUGUACAAAAUUUACGGUCUUCUUCUCUCUUGACCCCCUGUGUAGGUCAUGCGUGUGUAAAAUCAAUAGGAGAGGUUAGACUCCUGGCGAUUACACAAUGGUUGUAAAAUUUUGUAAUGAAAUCCUAGAAUUCAAUCAGACUGGAAGAAGUAUGGGGAUGCUUAUAAAAAAUGGAAGGGGUCAUAGUCUCUGGGUCUAACUCCUGGCCAUGUGCCAUUAAGAACCUCAAAAUUAAGAGGGUGCCAUUUCCUUGCAGACAAAUGAUAGUUUGAAGGGUUAAGUUCUUUUGAAUUGCUACAUCAUGCUGGAACCUGCAAAUAAGUGCUUUUUUUUUCUAAUGAGGAGAGAAACUGUAUGUAUUUUUAUAUAAUAUCUAAAGUUAUAUUUCAGGUGUAAUGUUUUCUGUGCAAAAUAUUGUAAAUUAUAUUUGUGCUAUAGUAUUUGAUUCAAAAAUAUUUAAAAAUGUCUCACUGUUGACAUAUUUAAUGUUUUAAAUGUACAGAUGUAUUUAACUGGUGCACUUUGUAAUUCCCCUGAGGGAACUUGUGGCUAAGGGGAAGGAUACUGUUUCUGGCGACCACACCGUAGUUUAUUUCUUCAUUCUUUUUAAUUUAAUAGAGUUUUCAGACUUGUCAAGCCUAUGCAAACAAAAGAAAUUAAAAUGGAUACCUUGAAUAAUAAGCAGCAUGUUGGUCACCAGGUGCCUUUCAAAUUUCGAAGCUAAUUGACGUUAGGAGCUGACAUAGCCAAACAGGACACAUAGCAGGCUACUGAGAACUGUCGGGAGUAUUUAUGUAAUUAUUGAACAGGUGUCUUUUUCUACAAGAGCUACAAAUUGUAAAUUUUGUUUCUUUUUCUUUUUUAAUAGAAAAAAUAUUGUGGUUUAUGAGCAAGAAACAAUUCACUUUUUAAUUUAGUGAAAGUUAUUUUAUUAUACUGUACAAUAAAAGCAUUGUUUCUGAAUGUUGAUUUUUUUGGUACAAAAAUAAAUUUAUAUGAAACCUG